AUGUGUCGUCCAACAAAGCAACAACUUGAGAAUGAAAAUAAUCUUAAUAAGAAUUAUUCCGAUCAACAAGAAAAUAUUCUUGAUACAAUUAUAUUACAACAACAAAUGGAAUUAACACAAUUACUUCAAAUUGCUGAGAAUCUUAAAAAUGAUAUUAUUAAAUUACAUAAUCAAGAACAAGAAUUAAUUUUACGUUUAAAUAUGAUGAAAAAAUCACAAACUUCCUUAUUGUAUAAUAUCUAUUCAUUUAUAUCGAAUAAAAAUAUUUUUUUCUUUGUUUCUGGUUUUCUUACAGGUUUUUAUAUUAUUCCUACAGUUAGUAAAAUAUUUUCUACACUAUGUAUUUAA